AUGACCAUGAAGUCUGAGUCACUGGAUCAUUGGAGGAAUUACUUUAGCACUGCCAAGUCGUCUGAUAUAUUCGAUAUCAUUGAUCAUGCCAUCAUGGUGGCAGCUUCGGAUUUCCCCAAGGAGUUCAAGCUGAGGAGAGAUGGGAUUGCUGAGAGAUUGUUCUCUUGCAUGUUGACGACUAAAUGUUUGGGGUGUGAAAGGGUGGAUCAUGAAGACGUUGAUGAUGGGCUUGCCCUUGAAGCAGGGGCAAGUGAAGACGGCAAGGUCAACAGCAUUAGAGAUGGCCGUGGAGAGGUUUUGAGGAUCCAAAAAGUUCUGCUUAACUUUAAAGAAGAGUCUGACUCUGUGUUAUUUGAGUCAUUGAGGAGGCUCCAGCUGAUGGAACUCAAAGUGAAUCUUCUAGAGGAAACUAAGAUUGGAAAGGCUGUCAUUCCUCUCCGAAAGCAUGGAUCAAAGGAUAUUAGUCAACUCGCACGAACUCUUAUUGAUUGCUGGAAAGAAAUGGUAGAUGAGUGGUGCAAGGCUUCCACUACCACAGCUAUUGCAGCUUCAGAAGGCACUCCAGAUUCUGUAAAUCCAUCUAGUGGACAAUUCAAAUCUGAGGCUUCCAUUGAGCCAUCCAUCACUGCCAAGGACAGUAAGAGUCAGCAACCAAGGAAAAAUGAGGUUGCUGUGAGGCUAAAUAAACCAGAAACUGUUGAUAAUUUCCCUGUCAGACCCCCAAAAUCAACUAUGCAGCGAAAAAGCAAUAUGGAGCCAAAGAUGCAGCCAAAAAUAGAGAACAAUACAAUCCCAAAGAAGCCUCCCAUGAUUCAGAAAGAUAAAUCCAAGCUUUCAGAUGAAGAAGCUGCAGUCCAAGUAAAGCUAGAGGCCACUAAGAGGAAAAUUCAGGAGCGUUAUCAACGAGUUGAAAAUGCUAAGAGGCAGAGGACAAUACAAGUUCUGGAAAUAAAUGAUCUCCCCAAGCAAGGGAGUGGCCAACGAAAUUCACAUUUCAAACCUGGGAAUCACAAUAGGCAGUGGGCCAAUGCACGAAGAUAG